AUGAGCUUCGAUCAUUUCAAGACAGAGGGGAAUCAAUACUUCAAGGAGGGAAACUAUGCCUCAGCCAUUAAAAGUUACGAAAAAUGCAUUGAGAUCAAUCCAGAAAAUCCUAUAGGUUAUAGCAAUAAGGCGAUGGCCCUGAUUAAGGCUAAUAAGAACCAAGAGGCUGUAAGAACGUGUCAAGAUGGGUUGAAAAGAGUUAGCAAGAAUGAUGCAACUCACGAGACAAUACAAAAGAAGCUGGAAUAUAGGUUAGAGUUAGCUGAAAAAGCUUUGAAUAAGGAAGUACCAAAAGAGGUAAACUUAGUUGAAAAUCUUGUGAUUCAUGAAGUAGAUUCCCUUCCAAAAGAGUUCGCCGGCCUUUGA